CGGCAGAUCGAGGGACUUCUUCGUUUUCGACAAGUUUCAACUCUCAACGCCAAAAAACCGUCAAAAUGGGUCACUCCCACGGUCUCCGUUCCGGCACCCGGUAUGCCUUCUCCCGCAACUUCCGUGAGAAGGGUCAGAUCCGCCUCUCGACCUACCUGAAGACCUACCGGGUUGGUGACAUUGUGGACAUCAAGGUCAACGGUGCCGUUCAGAAGGGUAUGCCCUACAAGGUCUACAACGGUAAGACCGGUGUCGUUUACAACGUCACCAAGUCCUCCGUCGGUGUCCUCCUCUACAAGGUCGUCGGCAACCGCUACCUCGAGAAGCGUAUCAACGUCCGCAUCGAGCACGUCAAGCACUCUCGCUCCCGUGAGGAUUUCAUCAAGCGUGUCAAGGAGAACGCCGAGAAGAAGAAGCAGGCCAAGGAGCAGGGCAUCCACCUUCACCUCAAGCGCCAGCCCGCCCAGCCUCGUGAGGCUCACACCGUCGAGGGCUCCACUCCCGAAACCAUCACUCCUCUGCCUUACGACACCCACAUCUAAACGGAUCGAAUGGCGAGCGUGGGUUGUUUGGUGUUUCUGGGUUUUUACGUCUCCAAGUGUGGAGUUUGCAUUUGUGACGAGAAAAAUUGAGGGUUCUUGAAGCCGGCACGUUUCCAUACUGUGCAUAGAUUCCCCUGAAUGAAAAAGAUCUUCAAAAAGCACUCUGUUUCCUGAUUAGCAGACUGUUGUUAUGUGGCCAUGUGUGACUUAUUUUGGUAUGGAUGAUUCUACUGGUGUACUUGGGUACAAUCAGCGCCGGAAGAGAUUUUCCUUCACCUCCCUUGGGUCGUAUAGAGCGAGGCGAAGGUCCACUGCAACUUGGACGAAUGACAUUACUUUUUGGUUGUGUCUGGGGAGUGUUCGCUUCCAAUUGACAUUGACCUCAGUGCCCGUCCGUGAUUUCCGCACCGCCCCAUGGGUCCUUUUUGUACUACAGAGUGUAACAGUAUCAACCUCAACACGAUACCCGUAAGAUCCCAAGAU